UUCUAGCUUCCGGUCCUCAGAAGCUCCACGUUGCUAACAUACGUUGAUGCAGAUCUUAUACCGAAUGUAAUGUAUUUAAGAGACUUUUAAAACACAUACAAAUAGUUAGGUUAUCCCUGGAGGGUGAUUUAUCCGUGCUUUCAUCCGUUAAACCGUGUUUUUGUUGCCGUUUUUUGUUCGUAGCUUUUUAUACCACGUCGCUGAUCGGUAAACAUAAGUAAAGGCAUUAAAGGGAGAUUAGUGUGUUUAACGGCAGUGUUUUAUCAAGGAGAAGAAAGACUGAAGAACCAGGACGAAGAGGAGAGAGAGAGAGUCACAGCCGGAGAAGGAGCACUGAGAGCAGCAUGGAGGAGAAGAAAAAGACCCGUGGAGCUCAGAAACCGAAAGGAAGGGAGAAACUUCACAGCUGUCAGCAAUGUGACAAAUCCUUUACAAUAUCUGGAGAUUUAAAGCGCCACCUUCUUAUUCACACUGGAGAAAAACCGUACAGCUGUGAAGAGUGUGGGACAACUUUCACUACAUCAGGUGAACUCAAAACACAUCAACUUAUUCACACAGGUGAAAAACUGUACAGCUGUGAAGAGUGUGGGACAACUUUCACUACAGCAGGUAAUCUCAAAACACAUCAACGUAUUCACACAGGAGAAAAACCAUACAGCUGUGAAGAGUGUGGGACAACAUUCAAUCAAUCAGGUGAUCUAAAAACACAUCAACGUAUUCACACAGGAGAGAAACCGUACAGUUGUGAAGAGUGUGGGAAAACGUUCACUACAUCAAGUUAUCUCACAACUCAUCGAUUUAUUCACACGGGAGAGAAACCGUACAGCUGUGAAGAGUGUGGAAAAAUGUUCACUACAUCAGGUAAUCUAAAAAAACAUCACGUUAUUCACACAGGAGAAAAACCGUACAGCUGUGAAGAGUGUGGGAAAACGUUUAGUACAUCUGGUUAUCUCACAACACAUCGACGUAUUCACCGGGGUGAGAAACCGUACUGGUGUGAAGAGUGUGGGAAAACAUUCACUUCAUCAAGUGGUCUCAAAACACAUCAACGUAUUCACACAGGAGAGAAACCAUACAGCUGUGAAGAGUGUGGGAAAACGUUCACUCAGUCAGGUAAACUAAAAUCACAUCAACGUAUUCACACCGGAGAGAAACCGUACAGCUGUGAAGAAUGUGGUAAAACAUUCACUACAUCAGGUUAUCUCACAACUCAUAGAUGUAUCCACACGGGAGAGAAACCAUACAGCUGUGAAGAGUGUGAGAAAAUGUUCACUACAUCAGGUAAUCUCAAACAACAUCAACGUAUUCACACGGGAGAGAAACCGUACAGCUGUGCAGAGUGUGGGAAAACGUUCAAUACAUCAGGUUAUCUCACAACGCAUCAACGUAUUCACCGGGGUGAGAAACCGUACUGGUGUGAAGAGUGUCGGAAAACAUUCACUACAUCAAGUGGUCUCAAAACACAUCAACGAAUUCACACAGGAGAGAAACCGUACAGCUGUGAAGAGUGUGGGAAGACUUUCACUCAAUCAAGUAAACUAAAAUCACAUCAACGUAUUCACACAGGAGAAAAACCGUACUGCUGUGAAGAGUGUGGGAAAACAUUCACGGAAUUAGGUAAUCUCCAAAAACAUCAUAGGGUUCACGAUGGAGAGAAACCAUAGUGGUAUUAAGAGUGUGGGAAAACGUUUUCUCAAAGUAUUCACCUUUAACUCCAUGAGCGAAUCCACACUGCAUCGUUUUGAAAAACUAAGAGAGGCAAGCUAGCGGUUUCCUCCUCCUGAGUCUUUCUGAAUUGAAGUCUGACUAUCAGACUUCAAUUCACAGUCAGUCUCGCUGUAUGUCCCUGAACAAGCCCUGAGGUCCUCCUCAGCUUUUUAAAUAUCCCUACAUUUCCCUUAAUAAAAUGGGUGAGGUCGCUUUCAUCCACCACACUGCAAAACUGUGGAACACCAGGACAUAUGAGAGAGGCUCAGUGGACAUUUUAAAACGCCAGCUAAAGACAUAUCUCUUUAGAUUAGCUUUUUAUUAGCAACGCCCCACUUUAAUUGGUCUUUUAGUCUUUAUUAUUUACCUACUGUUUUAUUUACGAUAUAGAAAGGGUUUUAUCUUAUAUUAGUCAUUUAAAGGUGGGUUAGGUAAGUUUGAGAAACCGGCUCGAGAUACACUUUUUGUAAUAAUCCAUGGAAAGCUCUUAAAGAGCAACUUGCAGGUUAGAGACACCAGUGAAUAAAUGUGUAGGAAAAUGAUGAAUACACUAGAUUUUCAAAAAAAUAUACAGAAAUAUACACUACAGUGACAUCUGGCGUCGUUUUAGUAAGACAUUUUCACUUCCGCAUCAAAAAAGCCUCCGCACGUGACGUAACAUGGGGGAGAGCGGCCGGUCUAACGUAUGAAUAAACAUGGAUCACAAUGCUAGAUUUGACAACGAAGAGGUUGAAAAUAUAUAUUCGAAUGCAUAUGAUUAUAAUUAUGAGCCUGCUAUGCGUCCAAGAGACCAGGAGCAGCCAAGAAUUAGAAAAAAUAAUGGCCAUCGGAGAGAAAUGGAGCUUUGGUGUGUGGAGAACCAGUGGAGAACAGAGCAGCUGUCUUGGUGAGUGACCGGCGUUAGCUACAGUUAAUGUUAGCUAACGUCAGUCACAUCACAACAUUGUAAAGUUAGCUAUCAUAUAUCAGGCUAUAACUAAAGUAGUAUUGAUAAUAUAGUAACGUUACUGGCAGGACUGUUGAUACUGAUCCAUAACAGAAACUAACGCGCAAGUAUCAGCCGUAUCUUGCGUUACCUAAUGCAACUCCGUCUUACGGUGCUGUGUACCGGAGGGGAGACGCGAGAUUCGGCUGAUACUUGACGAUUUGGCGGAGAAAGGUUGUGGAGCCUCCGUUGAUAUGCCGUUGUAAAUGGCUUGAUGAAAAGCAGGUGUGUAGUCGGGGAGGGUGCACAGCUGAUUGCAGCAGGUGAGUGGAGGUUGAGCCGGGAGCCAGGAGUGACAGCCACCACGCCCACACAAACAACACAGACAGGGGGAAACAAACAAACACAAAGGAGACGGCUGGAGCAGUACAGCCACCACAGCGUUACCUAAUGCAACUCCACACUACGUCUUACGGUGCCGUGUACCGGAGGGGAGAGAGAGAGAGCAGUGAAGGGGGGGAGAGAGAUGUAAUACGGUUUCCUGAUAAAGCAUGUGCUGCAGGGAGGUGGAUGCACAUCGCACCCAGGAACGAACGCUAGCUCCGUUCCUUUUCCCGUGAGGGAAACUGUGGACUCGAUGUCCUGACAGGCUCGAGUUUGUGCAACCUACACAAACACAAGCUCACCAUGAUUAGAAAUGGUGAAAUGCAAUGUAAAAUUACCGAAAGAAUACCAGCUCACUAAAUCAAAACCGCUCAAAGCAACUACAAACUACUUCCGCGGAUUGGGCAGAGAACGAGUCCGAGAAAGUUGCUCCCCCAUGUGACGUAAUAUGACGCGUUUGACGUUAAAAAAAAGCAGUUUUUAGUAGCAGAGCUCAAAACUGCUCCUUUUCCUCUGAAUUCCUGCCCUUAUGUCUUGUAAAACAUAUCAAAUACUGCAUUAACAUUUUUAAUUGUAAUUUUCAGGCAAGGUUAAGCAUAAAUGUAGUAAAAAAAAACAACCUGCAAGUUGCUCUUUAACAUCCCGAUAGCAAUGAAUUUCUGAAGUGCUUUGACAAAAAAUACAUUAAAAAAAUCAUCUGUGGAAGCCGUAGUAAUGUAAAAAGCACGACCAAUCAUUUUAGCCGGCCUGGCUAAAAUAACUGGAUGGCCUACCUGCCUGUCAGCCUUCCAUCUGUGCACAAACUUAUCUCGUGCCCUCAUUGGUCAUGUGUGCGUUCGUAUGUGUUAGAGGAGGGGCUCUGUAAGGAAGUGGCAGAUUUUUUCCGGCUGUAUUUUCAAAUUCUACAUUCUAAAUGUGUCUCUCAUGUUAGUUAUUUAACAGUUUCAAUAACAACAUUUAUUUUUACGUUGUUUUCUUUACAUUUUAAUCGUUUAACCUUUAUUAGAAUUAUGACGAUUUUAUUACUAUUCAUUGUUUUGCUUUUAUUUCUGUUGUACCUAUAUGUUCACUUUAUUUGAUAGGGUUUUAUAUUGUUGCAUCUAUUCACUUUUCUUGUACCUUAUCUUUCCGAGAUACAUCAUAAUUGUUUUUUACUGUAUUUCAUUUGUUUUUAUCAUACCUUUUACCUCCUUGUGUAUCUUAACCUGUUAAUGUUAUAUUUUGCUGCAUGUAUCUGUAAAGAUCUUAACAUCUGAGGGGACUUUCUUGUUUAAUGUUAACUUGUGAUGUGUCGCCAUUUUGUAAAGCACUUUGAGCUGCAUGUGAUCUAUGCAAAGUGUUAUAUGAAUAAAGCUUUAUUAUUACAACAGUUUUUUAUGUUCUAACCAGCGUUCACACUAUGCCAACACAAGGCCACAGAGAUGCUGUUUCUCCUAUUUAAUUCAUGUUUGUAAUGGUUCCUGAUCUAUAAAGAAAUGUUUUAUGCUGUGUUUCAACCAUGGUUUUCUAAUAGCCUUGUUGUUCCUUUUAAAAAAAUAUUAUAUCUCAACCGUUAGCCUUGUUAAGCUGCAUUGAAGGAAUUUAGUUUCACUGUUCAUUUAUCUGCCGACAAGUUUCUCCAAUAAUCUGUUUGGUUAAUAAAAUGUUGUGUUCUAUUGG